GUUCCCAGUAAGACCCCGCGUUUUGUGCGCUAUCCUCCACGCGGCAUUUAACCGAUUUGAUAAAAGACGAAAAAUUGCGGGAAGAUUGGCAGGUGUCGUCGGCGUCGGCGGCAGUGGCGGUGGCAGCGGUGGUGGCGGCGGCGGCGGCGGCGGCGGUGGCGGCGGCGGCGGCGAGGCAGGCGAGAGGCAGGAGUCUCCGUGAGUGUCGUAGCGGCGUGGCGGGACACCUCGUGCCGCUUCUCCUCCUCUUCCUCCUCUCCUCUUCCUCCUCCUCCACCUCCUCCAGCGUGAGCCGGCUCGGCCAAGCCCGCGGACUUGAGCGGGCUUGAGGGAGCUUGCGGCGUAAGCCCUCGCUACAACCGGAGACUUGGACGGGGAUUCCGGGAAGCUUUGGGAGUGGCAAGGCCGGACUAGCGACGACGGCGGCGGCGACGGGCGGCCUGCGGGCGAGCUCCGGCGGGGCGGGAUUGAGCGCUGCCGCUGAUUCCUGCAGAUAGCCCGAGGAUUGGCCCGACUUGCCGCGACUUACGACCUGAGCCCAAUUUACCGCGGCGGAAACGCGGACUCGGGGCACCGCGCAGCCAGGGCGCCAGUGUCGCUCCAGGGGCGGCAGCGGCCCUACGGCAGGGGCGGGCGGCGAGGCCUACCCCAGGGCGCGGCGCCCACGAGCCUCCGGGCGCCAGUGACCGGCGAUCCGCUCGAGUGCCGGCCGAGGACACUUCGGCAGCGCCCGAAGGAGGCGCCCAGGCCCUCGCAGCGCCAGGGCGGCCCGAGAGCGGGGGCGGCGAGUGAGCAGCAGCCCCGCGCCCUCCCACGCCCGCCGGCGCCCUCGACCCCGCCGCCAUGGAGGGCCUCGCGGCCGGCCUGCACGACGGCCUCACCAUCCACGACCUGCAGCCGCCCACCCUCACCCACGACCAGGCGCCCGCGGGGGCAGAGCACGCCCACACCUCCGCCCACGGCUCCAGUCACGACCAUCGGCAUCGCCACACGCCCGUACAUACGCACGCCCACGACGUGCACGGGCUGGACACCUCCGCCCACGCCCACGCCGACGCGGUGCACGCCCUCUCGCACGCCCACACCUCCACGCACAUCACGGCGGCCGCCCACAGUCACUCCGCCCUCUCUUCGCCGCUACACCAGACGGGCGUAACCUCGGCAAUCCGAGGCCCGCCCCCUCUUCACCCCCUCACGCCCACGCCCGCGACCACAGUCCUACCUCCCACGCCCACCGACAAGAAGCCGCCCACAACAGACGCGGGCGAGAAGCCGUCCCAGUCCUGCUCCACGGAAUCGGACGACGACAAGAACAAGAAGAAGCGGCAGCGUCGCCAAAGGACGCACUUCACGUCGCAGCAACUGCAGGAGCUCGAGGCCACCUUCGCCAGGAACAGAUACCCCGACCUCAGCACCCGAGAGGAGAUAUCUCUGUGGCUCAACCUCAAGGAAGCACAAGUCAGGAUCUGGUUCAAGAACCGCCGCGCCAAGUGGAGGAAGCGCGAGCGCAGCGCCAUGGCGUCGGCGAUGCCCGGCGACCUGAAGGGCGGCUGGGGCGCGCAGCUCAACGGCUUCGCGUGGCCCGACGAAGGCCUCUACCGGAAAAGGGCCCCCCUGAUGAGCCAGCAGCCGUCGGCCAUGUCGCCCAUCAACUGCUUCCAGUCGCCGGCGCAGGGCAUGGGCGGCUCCACCUCGGCGGCGGCGGGCAUCAUGCAGACGUCGAUGGCGUCCACCCUCGGCUCCACCAGCGCCGCCGCCCCGCCGUGCCCCUACCCGGCGCCCACCCCGCCCUACGUGUACCGAGACCAGACCUCCAACAUGUCCACCUCCCUCGCCUCGCUGCGCCUCAAGGCCAAGUCGCACUCCCCCGGGGGCUUCUCCUACCCCCCCGUGUCCCCCCGCCAGAACUCCCUCUCGGCCUGCCAGUACUCCAUGGGCGAUCGCUCCACGGUGUAAGCGGCGGCCGGCGGAGGGCGCGGCGGCGGAGCCUCGACCUGAAGAAACCCCCGUUUGUUCGCAGCGCUGACGAGCCCGGUUCUCCGGAUCUCCCGUGCUGGCGGACAGUGUAAUGCUGGCCGGCGUGUAGCUGCGCCACCUCCGCUGAGCUCGCCGGCCCUCAGCGCUGACCGAACCGCCGGCCCAACUCUGGGGACUGUGAUCUUUUUUUGCUAGGGGGAUGAAGGGGUAUUCGACGUGACCCACAGUGACUGGCAUCGGGCACCCGCGGGCACCAACGAGCGCAGUCGUCCUACAAGUCCCUCUUACAUAAGGGGAAAAGGGAAUAUGUGAGGUUCCAAUGCCCUUGCUGUUUUUAAAAAAAGUUUUGAACACGACGGAAGAGAGAGAGAGAGAGAGAGAGAGAGAGAGGAAGCAGGUCGUUAUUUACCUUCGCUGGGAAAGUCGUGCAGGUUUCAUAUGACGACAAGAAGGCUUCAGCAGAUCAGAAUAUAUCUUCCUUCUUCCUUGCUGGCACGGGGAUUCCGCACGACCCGAUUCGAGGGUUUCGCUCGGAACGAGAAGAAGCUUCGAACACGGCCUCCUCGUCCUGGCCGCUUUAGAUGCCGAAGAUACCUGAUGAAGGAUUAUCUUGGCCACAGAAGAAGAUUCAAGGCCACAGAAUAAGAAAGACGAUUACACUUCAUACAUAGGGCGUCCAUACGACAUCCCCUCUCCCCCCCCCCCCCCAACACCCACACACACACACACACACAAACCGUGUUCGAGGAGAAACACUGAAGCAUUCGAACAGACGAAACUUCUCAUGAACGAACGCAAGGGUUAUUUGUGACCGUUGUAAACUCCCGGAAGUGAUGUCCGCGUGAGAAAGACGAGAAGACGAUUUUUACGAUGAGGAACAGGAGAAACCGUGAAUGAAGUGGAAUUGAAGUGAUAAUGUGGCGCAAAAGUGUUGAUUUCGGUGUGCAUGCGAAGGGAAGACAUAUUUUCUUUCCUUAUAUCAUGAGAACUGGUAAAUAGACACGAUUUUGUCUAUACAAUAUAGAAAAUCGUGUACGUAAGAAAAGUGAGUGGAAGUGAGGGUGUGUAUACAAAGACAAAUACCUACAGUUACUCAUAGACAGCCUAUUGUAAAAAAAAAAAAAUGUCACAAUAGUCAAAAGAAAAAUAUACCUGUAUGAGUUCUCAAACUGCAACUGCAAGACCUACGGGCAUUAUUUAUAAGUUUGUGUAAUCACGAAUCAAAACUAACUCAUGUAGACUCCAAAAAGUGACACUGUACAGUUGUUGUUGUUUUUUUUUGAGUUAGAGAAAACGGAUUCUGUCUCGUUCACAUCCAUUUGGGUCACCGGACGAGGUCACUUGGACUAAGUCGUUCACAUCCUUCAGAAAGGACAUCGAACUUUGAAGGUGAAAGGUGAAAGAAAAAAAAAAAGAUAAAAAGAAAAAAAAAA